CCAAUCGCAGCAGGGGCACACCUACCCCGUUAUCGCCGGCGCGCAAGGAGGAAGCGCGGAAACAUGUACGCUUUCCGCCACGGAGGAACGCGCAUGCGCGCAGCAGUCGGUCUCGACGACAGGGUUGCGACGCCAGAAGGCAAGGAGGGCCAUUUCGCCACGCGUUUCCGUACCCUGCAUUAUACAUUGCAGCCGAGUGCACGUGACAGCGGAACAAGCCCAGUGAUUAUGCAUGCGCUGCUGCGGAAUCGCCGGUAGAUGUAUGAAACGGCUGUCGCCUACGAUAACGAAGCAAUUGUUCCUCACCGCGUUACGAAAGUCAAGGUGAGAUAAGUGCUGCCCAUUCUACGCGACAGUGCGUGCAGGGCUCCGUUUAGCUCUCGUUGACGCUGAUCUGGGCAAAGUAUCGGACACCACCCAGCAGCGAUAAGCUCGGUAAAGAAAGCCACCGCGCUCUCGUGUGGGCGUAGGAUUCGAGCCCGAAGACACCGCCAUGCCGGAUCACGGACGAGGACGGGUGCACCGUUUUCGCGACCACGUCGUCGCCGGCGUCAACUGGCGACCGACGCGGUUCAUCGACGAUGUUCCCAGUUCGCGUGUGUGCGGCCUCUGCCGUAUGAUCCCGAAACGGACGGUGCUGUUGCCGUGCUCGCACGCUCUGUGCCAAUCUUGCCACGCAGCCAGUCUCGAUGGGGGCGUUGGCCAGUGUCCGUUGGAUCAAGAGCCAUUCGAAGAAGCGGAGUGCGUCGGUUAUGAAUUCCCUACCAGGAAAGCAAACGCCGUGAUGGCAUACUGCUGGAACGAAGCUCACGGCUGCGAGUACACGGGCACCAUGGACCGCAUGCUGGACCACUUCGAGAACGAGUGCACAUUUCACGCCGUGGACUGUUUGCGAUGCGGCGAGGGAGUCAAGCACAGAGAACUGGCAACGCACUACGUGAAUGGAUGCAGUGCCGGUGUUUCUGCCGCGAUCACGGAGUCCUCGGAGCAUACAGCACCGACCCUUGCAGACGUGAACGCUGCCCUAGAAGACGUGAAGGCGAGGUUGGGAUGUCUCAACCAUGACCAGCUGCUGCCAGUGAUUCAGAGUCAGUUGAAUGAGCUUACAGAACAAGCCAGAAACCAGGAAGCCAGGUUAGCUGGGAUCACUCGCGAGCUCGGAGCAUGCGAGAACAACUUAAAGGGCGAGAUGGCUCAAAUCGCCGCCACGAUUUCAUCGACCGUGUCCCAUCAACUCACAUCUCAGCAAAAUCCAUUGGAGGAAGCCAGCACGUCGAGGUCGCUGUCGUUGCACUCGGGACAGGAUCUAAUACUUCGAAAGUUGGAACGUUUAUCGCACCUGGAAAACUGGCGGAAAACUUCCCCGAAGCCUGAUUUCGGCCGUGUCAUUGCUCAUUGUGAGACUUUGUACGGUAGCGUUCGGCAUUUGAACAGUGCGCUGUCGACGGCCGCGUGGAUCAAAAAAAUUCCGUGGGCGAGUUAUCAGCUGACCCUGGAAAACUGUGAGGAAAUCAUUGAGUGGCGGGUAGGAUUAAAACAGUUUGCCGAGAUUACGGUGUGGCACAUGAGGGACACGUACUUUACGAUUGCCGUUUGGAAGGGCGGCGCUACUCCUGCAUCUUCCUUCGUUGUGGAGAUCAAGUUUAACGGGACACUGGUGGACUCAAAGUGUUGGCCGCCUUUCUGGAGCGUGCGCGCGGUGCAUCCACUACAAUUCCAUGUUCUACUCCCGUUGACUCCCCGUCGCAAGCCUUGUUUCUGCAAACGCGCUUAUCCCUCAUUGCUGCACUUCCACCUCGAGUUUACUACAGACAUUGCCUCGCUGGAAAAUGACGGCUACCUCCGACACGGAAAGAUGUUGUUCUGGAUCUCGCUCAGCGAUACAGAUGCGGACGGUAGGAUCAGAGGAGCACCCUAACGUUCGUCGUCGCAGAAUGUGUACGGCACCGGAGAAUCCUCCUCGCCACUUCACAAAAUGUGUAACAUGAGCUUAGCGAAUUUUCGAACUCCUUUCUUAUAAAUAAAGUGGGCUCUGCGAUAUUUCUUUUCUUAAAUUUGCUAUCCUUUGUAACUGUCAACCUAUUGUUUUUCUUAUACUCUACUGGCCGUUCAUUUUGUUUAUUUCUUGUGCUAAUACAGUUUUUCUUGCGAAA